UAGUAAACGCGUUUUAUUAGUCGACCCUAAUUUUUAAAGAAAUAUUUCAGGUGGGAGGGCAGCAUUGCCAAAGCUCUUAUGUAGGAACGAGUGGAUUAUUUUGUGUGCCUGGGUCUUUUCUUUCUUCUUUUUCUUUCUUUCCUUCUUUUUCUCUCUUGCUCGCUUUUCUCUUUCCCCGAGGGCACAUUUAUGUACUGGAAAAGAGCUAGAAAAGCUUUUCAGGAGGUCUUGUUUUGCAGGGUCACAAAAUAUGAAGCCAGGCUUUGGGUGGUAGGGUUGGGGUGUGUUUUAAAAUCCUGUAUAAAAUGGCACACUGCAUUUCUGCAUUUUUUCCAGGCUGCAGAAGGGGGAGAGCGGGGGAUAGUGCAGACUAUGGAGGGACACUGCCCUCCUAACCAAUCAGAACACGCCUGUUUGCCAUUACAAAGUUGUUAACCCCAGAGUCUUCUGGCUCCUGCUGCCUUUGCUUUUAAUCUUCUUUGGAUAUUUCUCCGGUUUACCCAAACGCCCCCACAGAUCCUGAGAGAAAACCUUCAGAAUCAACCACCGAUCAUGGGAGAAAGUCUCAGUUUUCCUUUGCAAAGAUUUUUAAAGAUGUUUGGGGAUCCUUUCGCUGCGUGGAGGUGGCUAUUUGCAAGCGAGAAACUACACACAGCCUAUUUUGUUACAGUCGUCGUGAAGAGGCAGCUGUCUCCUUCCUUUCGAGGAACAUCAUCUUCAGCGGGCUAUUUCAGCACAGCAGGUAUAUGGAGAGAAGAGGGAUAAUAUGGUCAUACCAGUCCCAGAAGCAGAAAGUAAUAUUGCUUAUUAUGAAUCCAUAUACCCUGGAGAAUUUAAGAUGCCAAAGCAGCUUAUUCACAUACAGCCUUUUAGUUUGGAUGCUGAGCAGCCAGAUUAUGACUUGGAUUCAGAAGAUGAGGUUUUUGUGACUAAGCUGAAGAAAAAAAUUGAUAUUUCUCCUUUGCAAUUUGAAGAAAUGAUAGAUCGACUAGAAAAAGGCAGUGGUCAGCAGCCUGUCAGCCUGCAGGAGGCCAAGCUACUCUUGAAGGAAGAUGAUGAACUGAUCAGAGAAGUAUAUGAAUACUGGAUUAAAAAGAGGAAAAACUGUCGAGGUCCCUCUCUUAUCCCAGCAGUGAAACAGGAGAAGCGUGAUGGUUCCAGCACAAAUGAUCCUUACGUUGCAUUUAGAAGGCGGACAGAAAAGAUGCAAACUCGAAAAAAUCGUAAGAAUGAUGAAGCUUCUUAUGAAAAGAUGCUUAAACUGCGCCGGGAUUUAAGUCGUGCUGUAACGAUUCUGGAGAUGAUAAAGAGAAGGGAAAAAAGCAAGAGGGAAUUAUUGCACUUAACACUGGAAAUUAUGGAAAAGAGAUAUAAUUUAGGCGAUUAUAAUGGAGAGAUCAUGUCUGAGGUAAUGGCACAACGGCAGCCCAUGAAGCCAACCUAUGCUAUCCCCAUUAUUCCUGUUUCUAAUAGCACUCAGUUUAAACACCAAGAAAGUAUGGAACUGAAGGAAUUUAAAGUUAAGAAGCAGCAAGAGAAAGCUGAUGCUAUACGGCCCAAAAGAAAAUAUGAGAAGAAGCCCAAAGUUGUACCUUCAUCGGCUGCUGCUGCUACUCAACAGACAACUCCUGCUGCACUGCCAGUCUUUAAUGCUAAAGAUAUGAAUCAAUAUGACUUUCCCAGCUCUGAUGAAGAACCACUUUCCCAAGUCUUGUCUGGUUCUUCUGAAGCUGAGGAAGAAAAUGAUCCUGAUGGUCCAUUUGCCUUCCGUAGGAAAGCAGGCUGUCAGUAUUAUGCUCCUCAUUUAGACCAAACUGGUGACUGGCCAUGGAGUAGUCCUAAAGGAGGAACAUUAGGUGAUGAGCGUUAUAGAUACUGCUUAACAACCCUUACUGUACCACAGAGGUGCGUUGGGUUUUCACGGAGACGGGUUGGACGUGGUGGAAGGGUGCUACUGGAUCGAGCGUAUUCAGAGAACAACAGUGCAUUUUGCCAGCUGGAUUCAGAAAUGCUUUCCUCACAACUGCACUCUUCAAUCAAUCAAUUUGCCAAUACCUCAGAAACAAAUACCUCGGACAGAUCUUGCUCUAAAGACCUCAAUCAGAUAUUAGUCAAUAUCAAAUCAUGUAGAUGGCGGCAUUUUAGGCCUCGGACACCAACUCUACAUGACAGUGACAAUGAUGAACUUUCCUAUAGGAAAUUACACAGAAGUGUAAAUCGAACAGGCACAGCACAACCUGGGACCCAGACAUGCAGUACCUCUAUACAAAGUAAAAGUAGCAGUGGUUCAGCACAUUUUGCAUUUACAGCCGAACAAUACCAGCAACAUCAGCAGCAACUGGCACUAAUGCAGAAACAGCAGCUUGCACAAAUUCAUCAGCAGCAAGCAAAUAGUAAUUCUUCUGCGAACGCUUCACAGGGUUUUAUUUCCAAGACUUUGGAUUCUGUUAGUGCUCACUUUGCUGCUUCAGCAUUGGUUACAUCAGAACAGCUCAUGGGA